AUGAGUAGCCAUACAGUACCCGAAUGGUUGACCGCAGAUCUCUUUGUGAGUGUUUUGGAGAAAAAUGUUGAGGGCUUUGCAAAGAUCAUCAAAUUUUCUGCUGAGACUCCAUUUGCUGCCGGAGAAAACUUUCUCUCGGUGUUAUGGGCUAUCGAAAUCGAAGUGGCUAUCAAUGAUGGCUCCACCAAAGUCGUGAAAUACAUGUUGAAAGUACCUCCAACCUCACAGCAAGCAAUGCAAGUGAUCAAUAUGUUAAAUAUGUUCGAUCGUGAAAAAAUCAUUUACUAUGAACUGUUUCCUGCAUUUGAUGAAAUGUAUCGCAAAGCUGGAAAAACUACCAGAAUUGCACCAAAAUCAUUUACAUUGGAUAAAGAUUUGGGAUUCGAAGUCGUACUCAUGGAAGAUGUACGAAGUGAAGGCUUCAAGAAUAUGAACCGUCUGGUAGGUCUUGAUAUGGAACAUACAAAGUGUGCUCUGGAAAAGUUGGCCCAAUUUCAUGCUGCUUCUGCUACUUAUAUAGCUGAGAAAGGAUCAUUGCCUCAAAUAUUUAUGGAGCCUAUACUGAAAGAAGGCAUUCUGCAGGCGUUUGUCAAAGCCCAAGAACCCCAAGAGAAAUUGCUACUGGAAUGCUUACCUUUGUAUAAGGCAGAACAUUUGAAGGAGAAAAUGACAAGCUAUCAGCCCAAAUAUGUGCAUGAAAUGGUUAAGGCAGAAAAGCGAAAUCUAGAAGAUUUUAAUGUUUUAAGUCAUGGUGAUUGUUGGUUGAAUAAUAUAAUGUUCCAACAUGAUGAGAAGGGAAAAGUCCUCAACACUUUAUUGGUUGACUUUCAGGCUGGUCGCAUAACUUCGCCCGCUAUGGAUUUGACUUAUUUCCUUAUAGGCUCUACUUGCAUAGAGAACAAAAUCAAAUAUUUUGAUUAUUAUGUGCAAUACUAUCAUCAACAUUUGCUCGAGAAUUUGAAGAUCUUAAAUUAUCCAAAGAAAAUGGCAACUUUGAGAGAGGUACACAUCUGGAUGUAUGAUUUCAGCUUUAUGGCCUAUACGUCUAUACUGAAAAGCCUUCCAGUAUUUCUAUUGGAUCCGUCAGCGACUGCCGAUAUUAAUAUUGACAAUAUGAUGGGUGAAAAAUCUGAUGGUGGUGCUAUGCAAAAUGCUAUGUACACUGGCAAAAGCUAUUGUCAACAUAUGGAGCAGAUUCUGCCAUGGAUGGCAAACAGAGGGUACUUUGGUUGA